CCACCUGAAAGAAGAAAAAAAAAGGGAACCCGGCACCAGCCUUUGAGAAACCGAUGAGAGAGCUUGAUUUUAUCCUUCUUUUCUUGUUCAAGAACAAGAUUGGAGCCUUGAAACCUUCUCCCCCUGCUGGAAAUUUCGAAUUUGAUCUGCUCCUUCCUUCCUCACCGUCGGCUGCUCUUGAUUAUGGGUGAUUUCUGGGCAUUUUUUCGUUAAGAACAGCCAUUAAUCCAUCCUUUUAGCCUUGAUUUAACUUGGGUUUACCUUAAUUGCUCUUGGUUUCUUGAAUUUUGGGUAGAUCCCCCUAAAUUCCCCUGCACUGCCGUUGGCUUCUCCCCCCUCCUAGGUCCGGUUUGCAGCUGGAAAAUCUGGUUCUUGAUCGUUCUGUCAAUUUAGCACUGAGAUUGAGUUUUCUGCUUUAUGUGAUUGAGGUAAGGAAAUUAUGGUAACGCCCUUUGAUUUUUAAAAGCAUGUUUUGAUUUGUUUUUGAAGUGGUGGUGGAACUAAACCCGUUUUACACGAGCAUGACUGAUUUGAAGUGAAAUUUUUAUGCUUUUCAUUAAAUUGAGCAUGCCUGC